UAUAACUACUACUUAUCAUCUUUGACAUUACUCUAAAACGUGCUUGCUUCGUCUCAUUUCGAAUUGGGCGCCAAUCGAUCAAUCCACUACAAUCUCCCCUCUCCAACGUGUCUUUCCUUUGUGAUGGGACACGACUGGAUACAAGCCCUCUCUUUGAAUACUUAUUUAUUUGUUUGGCAUUCUUAUGGCAAGCGUAAAGAACAACGUUUCAACAGGAAGAACUUAUCACCUGACAGAAGAUGAAAGACAAGAAAUAAAAGAAGCGUUUGAAUUAUUUGACAUUGAUAGCACAGGAGCUAUAGACACGAAAGAGUUUAAAAUAGCUUUAAGAGCUCUCGGUUUCGAAAUUGAAAAGGAGGAAGCAUCUAGAAUUAUAUCUAAACUGGAUAAGGAUGGUUCAGGAAUGAUUCUUUACGAAGAUUUUGAAAGAGCAGUGUCCCAGAAAAUGGCUGAAAGAGACCCGGAACAAGAGAUUCUGAAAGCUUUCAAGUUGUUUGACAUGGACGAUUCGGGGGGCAUUUCUCUAGAAGACUUGAGGAGGGUUGCUGAUGAAUUGGGAGAGAAUAUAUCGAACGAAGAACUUCAAGAAAUGAUAGACGAAGCAGAUAGAACAGGCAGAAGGGAGAUUAAUUAUGAAGAUUUCAGUAGAAUUCUCAAACGUUCACAUUUCUUUUGAGUCAUAUAAACUUAUCUACCUGUAAAUGUUCUUUUCGUUUCUUUUGCAUAGGGAAGCUGCCUAUUUUCAAAUCCUUUUGCAUUGCAACACUAUCUCUCCUCUAGAGCUCAACGCCUAACUUUCCAAUCUCUGACAAAGUAUGAAAUAAUAUCAUUGUGCUGGAAAAGUUGGAAAGUCUUCUCAUAUUCAUCAACUUGCUCUUUUAACAACUACAGCUUUUUUCAAUGGGGUCACAAAUACUGCUUUCUUACGAAUAAUAAAGUCUGUCUCAUGUAGACAACUAUUUCAAUUAAAACAAACGCAAGUCACCACAAAUAUUUUCAAAGGACACUGAAGUUAUUUCAAGUAAAGAACAAUAAAACAUCUUCACAAAGUUCUGUAACAGCGUUAGGGGUGCUAGUUUCAAAACAUUGUAAAACGUAGAAAAGUUUCUAAAAUCUCCGGUUCCAUUCUUCAUUUUUGUCAAUUGCUGACACGUUUCCAAAAAAGGCAACAUUAGAUUAUCAAAGAUUCCAAGGCCGGCUGCAUUUUUUCUUGU